CCAAGCUGUUGGUGAUCGAAGUGAAGACUAUUUCCUGUCAUUAUAGUCGGCGCGCUCCUUCUCGACAGUCCAUGGACAUCCAGGCCAGCUACUGGGCCCGUGGGCCCCAGAGCCGCACGUGUAGGCUGCGCCCGGGAUCCCCUGAGCCGCCACCCCGCCGACCCUGGGCCUCCAGGGUGCUGCAGGAGGCGACCAACUGGCGGGCGGGGCCCCCCGCCGAGGUCCGAGCCCGAGAACAAGAGAAAAGAAAGGCGGCGUCGCAGGAGCGGGAGGCCAAGGAGACCGAGAGAAAAAGGCGCAAGGCUGGCGGGGCCCGACGGAGUCCCCUAGGUCAGCCCCGCCCAGAGCCCCGGAACGCCCUUCGGGCGGCCCAACCUACAGGGUUUCCAGUUUUCUCCAGACCAGAGCGCUUCGGGCCGGUGGGGCGAGCGCCGCGACCAUCCGUGCUCCCGCAGGGUGACCCAGGGGUUGCAUGGGCGGGGCCAUGGGGAAGCAGAAGGCCAGGGCCCCCUAGCUACGAGGCUCACCUGCUGCUGAGAGGCGCUGCAGGCACAGCCCCAAGACGCCGCUGGGACCGGCCGCCACCCUAUGUGGCUCCACCUUCUUAUGAAGGUCCCCACAGGACCCUGGGGACUAAGCGAGGCCCGGAGCUCUCCCGGGCGCCCACCUCUUCAGCCCCAAUUCCAGCCACCACCAGGACAGAGGGAGGGCGCACGAAGAAGAGGCUGGAUCCUCGAAUCUACCGGGAUGUUCUAGGAGCUUGGGGUCUCAGACAGGGACGGGGACUCUUAGGAGGAGCUCCGGGCUGUGCAGCAGCCAGAGCUAGGCCAGAGUCUUGCAAAGGGGCCGUAGAGAAAAGCUCAGGCCUUGCUGCUGCUGGCUUGAACAGUGCUGGCGAUGGUCAUUCCCAAGCCAAACCGACUGGCAGUCCAGGCACCGAGGCCGCUCUCUCUGGGUCCACGCCCAGCAGCCCACCACGUCCUGUUCCUAGGUCCAGGCAGCACCUCAGGGGGUCAAGGAAAGGGAAAGAAGGAAGUGAGCAGAGAUGGCUUCCCACAUGUUGGCUUGCCUCCCCUAAAAAGCCUCCGGUUAGGCAUAGCCAGACUCUCCCUAGACCCUGGGCUCCGGGAGGCACCGGGUGGAAAGAGUCCCUGGGUCAAAGGGAGGGCACAGAACGUGAGACCCUGGAAGUUUGGAAGGUGACCCGCCGUGCCCACACCCUGCCCCGCUGUUCCCGAGGUCCCGCUGGUAGGGAAGGCAUCUUUGUCAUUGACGCCACAUGCGUGGUGAUAACGUCCCAGUACGUUCCGACCCCUCGAGCCCAGCAGGGUCAGCUCGAGCCCUCUGGGGAGUCAUGCAUUGUGAGCGACAGCCUCAAGCAACCUAAGCCCUGCCAGGAGGAGGAGGGGGCCGCUGCCAACCCUUCAGUUUGCCAAAAGCGACUGUUGAGCAGUCGAGUCUUAAACCAACCGAGCGAGGGCCGCGAGUACGAGGCUGAGGGCAGACAGCGGGGGGAUUCUUCCUUGGAGGAGCGCUCCUCCAGCGGUUUGGGGUUCCCUGUCGGCGGCGAAGUGAACCCGCGAGAUGCCCCCACGCAGCCAGGUAGCCCAGAGCACCCGACCUUAGGCCCAGCGGCUCCAGGAUGCUCGGGCGGCGUGAAGGGCUCAGAAGCGGCUGGGGUCCCGCGGCGCGCGGGCGGGGGCUGGCCGCGGACUCCAGGGCCCUACGCCGGGGCCUUGCGGGAAGCCGUGUCCCGCAUACGCCGCCACACCGCCCCAGAUUCGGACUCGGACGAAGCCGAGGAUCUCAGCGUCCACAGUGGCUCCUCUGAUGGAAGCGACACAGACGCCCCAGGCGCCUCCUGGCGGAAUGAGAGGACCCUGCCUGCGCUUGGGAACACCCGGCCCAGGGAAGGCGGCCAGGCAGCCGAGCUGAGCGACAGUAUCCCGGAGAUUCUAGACGUCAUCAGACAAACCGAGGAAGGCCUAGUCCGAGAGGACACCGGGAAAACGCCACAGGGAAACAGAGAGAGGGAGUGAGCGAUGCCCCUCUUUGUUCUCGUGUCGCUCAGCCCAUCCACCCUUGGGCUCAUCGCACUCCUUUUCUCUCUCCAGGCUUCGUUUGCUUCCUUCUUUCCCACCUAUACCUGUUCCCACACUUGAGACAGAGGGGGUGGGGGGGGAGGAUCGAGGGAAGGCAGCAUUCGCCAACUCAAGGGUUAGGUUCAGGGAAAUCGAGGGUGGGAUCCCACACCUGCCACAUUCGGUGUGGAACUGAAUGUGGGGAUGGUGGCCAUGACGGUCAGGGCAGGGUCCCUGACAGGAGAUAAAAAGUCAUGGAGAGGCUUUGAACCUAGUGACUGAGUGGAGGAGACAGAGGGACUUUUGGCAGAGAAGAAAUGAACGCAUUACACACAACCAGCAAACUGGCAAGAGGGCUGCUCUCUUUGAUGUUGCAAGUCAAGUUUCAGUUCCAGCUCUGCCACUGACCUAGCUGGUGGAUCUCAGAGUAACUAUUUUUUGCGCCCGGGCAUCCCGGACUUGUGUAAAUGUAAAAUGAGCGCUUUCUGCCUCCCAUUCUUUUGUCCCUGGGAUUUUUGUGAAUAAGCGAGUAGAAGCUGAGGUUUCUUACCCACUUAGGCCAUCCUCAGUUCAGAAGACUGUCAAGGUUUUCAGAUUUAAACGGACAAAGGGCUUCUACUCCAAUUUCCCAAGUUUAGGUGAGUGCUCCCCAAAGCAGGGCAGGAUGAAGGCCCUACCCAUCACUGCCUCUGGCCUGCUGUGGUCCGAGCUGGAGAGGGAAGGUAGACAAUGAAUCAGUUGGGGACACUUUUAGGCCUUCCCCCGUUCCUUCAUCUCUGGUCCUUAGUGACGCUCUGAAGUGUUGCCGGGAUUUUCCACGCAGACGGUAUCGCCCACCGGAUAGGACCCUGACAAUGUCCGUGUCUCUCCAAGGAAAACAGCCAGGCGAGGAGAAAGGUUGAUCUUCAGCGGACGGUGCGGGGUGUGAUACUCGCUGUGGCCACUACGGGGCGCGCGCAGGUCGCGGAUUUCCCCGGUUGCUGGUGCUCGAGUGCCCCUACACCAGCACUGCCAGUUAUCUGGAUCCCCAGUCACCGGGCGCCGGGUUCCUGCCUUGACACCUCCAAACCGCGCGCGGGGCCGGGAGCAGGACUCCGGUCUCCCAGACUUCUGGGGCGCGCCGAGCCCUUCUUUGUAUUAAUCCACCCACGCCAACCGGUUUGAGACCGACAUUUAAGCCCUUUUUGUUCUUUCUUUUCUUUCUUUCUAUUUUUCUUCUUCUUUUUUUCCAACCCUGGGCACUUCCUCUGUGUCUGCCAUUUACUAGCCAUGUGACCUUGGCCAAAUCACUUCACCUCCCUGAGCCUCAGUUUCCUCAUCUGUCAAAUGGGGGUUUAUAAACACCUACCUCGCAGGGUUGUUGUGAGGAUUUAAUGAGGUAAUGUAUAUAAGGCGUCUUACACAGUGCCUGGCACAUAGUAGGCGCCCAAUAAAUCUACCAGUCCCUUUAUGCA